AGGUACAUAAUAAUCAGUUCUGAUAGCCUAAAUCAUUGCUGUUCCAUCUGGUUCUCCUCAGUUCCCAUUCUCCUCUCAGUUCCGUAGCUCUCCUCGAGCUCGUCGUUCAAAUCCGUCCUCAAAGCUCUAAAAAUGCUUUGCUCGAUCUCCACCUCGAGGUCUAGCCCCAGUUGGCUCGAUCGCCUUCACGCCUCCAAGGGCUUCACCGUCUCCUCGGAUCUCGAUCUCGACCACUUUCUCCAAUCCAACUCCAACCCUAAGUCCACUCCGAGCCGAGAUGCCAUGGAUGCCCUUCCCUGCGGGAAGAAGCUGCAGUCCCAGAAGAGGAUCGUCUUCGAUAAGGAGCAGCGCCUGUUCGAUCUGAUGAGCAACGUUCUCUCCGAGCUCUUCGUUAUGGGAGAGCCGCGGGACUCAGCUGCAUGUCUGAAAGGGGCGCGGAAGCAGCUGAAUCCUAGGGCGUGCGUGCCCUCAGCCUCGGCCAGCGUGGAUGGUGGGGCUUCGGCGAUGUCACCUCCCAGCGCGGACAACAGCAUUGCCGAGGCGAAGAGGGAUCGGAAGAAGAUAAAGAGGAUGCGGGCGAACCCAGGGCAUGCAGCAGGUUCGGAUCCGUCCGUCUACACUGGCACAGUUGUGACGGUGAUCGAUACGAGCUCACCGGGCUGGAAGUCGGAGAAGCAUUUUAGGAAGGGAAUGGCGUGGAAAGGAAAGGAGAAGAAGGUGUUGAAUGUAAGCAGGAAGAAGAGGAAACUGGGCUUGGUGGAGAAGUUGAUUGUUGAGAAGGAGAGGGCAGAGAGGAUGCGGCCUCUGGCCGAGUUGAAAGGACGGGAGCAGAACGAGAAUGUGGAGUCGCAGAAUGAAGCAUGCACUGGAAACAUCAAUGGGGAGAGGGCCAAAGAAUCUGAUUCUCAUAUUCAAAUUCCUAGAAGUAGCAGUAUCUCCCUUCAUUGCAGGCCAAAGCCAAAGUUCUUUAGAUCUCCCAGGUUACCUGUGAAAAAAUCCUCACUCUUACGCCUGCAAGUUAUUACCAAAAGCCAUAAACAAGGCACUCAUUAAGACAAGCCAUGAUCAAAUUAAUGGUUUUGGGAGGUUUGAGCUUCCAUCUCCCACAAUUUGGGGUUUUUUGAGUUGGAUUUUUUUCCUGCUUCAAGUUGAAGCUCUAAAUCAUUAUUCGAGAUGAUGUGGGGGAUCGAAGAUUCGCUCGGCAAGUGUUCGCCAAGGGAAAAGACAUGAACUUGAUCAUGAUAGUCAUCAACAUUUUCUUUCUUUUGAAUCUUCUUCAGGACAGAACUUUGAAGGAUUUUUUGUUCAUUAUUGGUUGGUUGCCUGCUGUUUUGAGAACAAUUAUACUCUUUUAAGGAGCUAAAAUGGUUAGAAGAAAAGAAACCUUCAAUUACUAUUGCUGAAUC